AUGUAUUAUCAAUUGAUAUCACAUUUAGCUUCGUUACAAUACCAUCUAGAUAGAAGUAUUAUUAAUUUUCAAAUCAAAGAUGAUUCUGAUGUACCAUUAAUUAGUUUUGAUGAAACUCAUUUCUAUUAUGGGUAUUUACGUGAUGGAUUAAUAAAACGAGGAAUUCCAAGUUUGAUUAAUACUCUUGCUUGGCCUAAUGGUAUAUCAUUAGACAAAGCAAUUAUACCGAAUACAUGGACAGCAAUAGAAUAUACAGCUAAACAUUCUACAUCAGAUGUAUUAGCAGUAUUACGAAAACAUGCACCAAAUCACAAUCCAUUUAUGGUUAUGGAAUAUUAUCCAGACUGGAUAGAUUAUGAAGGACAACAUCAUCGAGCAAUCGAUAGUAAUAUAUUUGCCGAAGGCGUAGAUAAAAUAUUAAAAUAUAAUGGUUCAAUUAAUUUUUACAUGGUAUUUGGUGGAACAAAUUUUCAAUUUACAAACGGUGGUGAUCAAACACUAGCAUAUCAUCCAAUAAUAACAUCUUAUGAUUAUAAUGCUAUAAUUACAGAAUGUGGUGAUACAUAUCCAACAAAAUUUAAAGCUGUACGUGAUAUUAUUGCAAAAUAUCUACCAUUACCCACUAAUCCCAAUACCGGUAUCAUCACCAAAAGUUAUGGCUAUAUCCUUUAUUCUACACAAUUAAAAAAUUUUAUCGGUCUCGGUGAACCAUUGUUAUUACCAUGGAUGCAAGACCAAGCAGUUGUCUUAUUAGAUGAAAUGGUACAAGGUGUGAUUGAAUGGACCAAAAAAGAUCCGUUAACAUUAAUUAAUUCAAAUUCUUUGAAGACAAAUCCAAAUCCAAGAUUAGAUAUUUUGAUGGAAAACAAAGGACGUUGUUGUAGUGUUUUACCAAACUUAGGAUGUAAUUUUAAGGGUAUGAAAAGUAAACCUCGAUUAGGCCUACGUGAAUUAGGCAAUUAG